GGUGGCUGCAGAUUAGCCGGUUUGCCUGGCGCCACGGCUGAGAUUCAGAAGCGCGAAGUGGGUUCUCCAUUUCCCGUCGGGGUCUCCGGGAACGAUGAGCGCUGCCAGGGAGUCCCACCCGCACGGGGUGAAGCGUUCAGCCUCCCCAGACGAUGAUCUUGGAUCUAGCAAUUGGGAGGCCGCAGAUUUAGGUAAUGAAGAAAGAAAACAGAAGUUUUUGAGACUCAUGGGUGCAGGAAAGAAAGAACAUACUGGUCGUCUUGUUAUAGGAGAUCACAAAUCAACAUCUCACUUUAGAACAGGGGAAGAAGACAAGAAAAUUAAUGAAGAACUGGAGUCUCAAUAUCAACAAAGUAUGGACAGUAAAUUAUCAGGAAGAUACCGACGGCAUUGUGGACUUGGCUUCAGUGAGGUUGAAGACCAUGAUGGAGAAGGUGAUGUGGCUGCAGAUGAUGAUGAUGAUGAUGAUGAUUCACCUGAUCCUGAAAGUCCAGAUGACUCAGAAAGUGAUUCAGAGUCAGAGAAAGAAGAAUCUGCAGAGGAACUCCAAGCUACUGAGCAUCCUGAUGAAGUGGAAGAUCCCAAAAACAAAAAGGAUGCAAAAAGCAACUAUAAAAUGAUGUUUGUUAAAUCCAGUGGUUCAUAACUUCCAAACACUUAGUCUUUGUAUUAAAAGUAAGCCUUAUUGUUAUAAUGCACAGUGGAGGACUGCUUAUAGAGCACACCUUUGUAUUAUAAUUUUUAAAAAGGCCCUUUUAAAUAAUGACAAAGAGUGUUUGCUUUCAGAUGCCAUGGGUUACACUUUUAUGGGCAUGAUUAUAACCAUUUUUGUAAAGAGUAAGAGUUGUAUAAAAUAAGAAAUAAAUACAGUACUCAAUUUCCUUUCAUACUAGUAUCAAACCUCUGAUCUUACGUUUUACCCCUUUAAGUGUAGUUUUGGGGAACGAUUUUGCUUUACAGUAGCAGUUUUAUCUUUUAUUUUUCCAUAUUUUUGUCUUAUGAAAAGUAUCUGAUACUGUGAUGUGUUCUUGAAAAAUGUUCUUUUAUUAUACUUGUUAUAGUAGUACUAUUCAUGGAUAUUUCUGCUGCCAAUACAAUCUAAAUUAAUGUUGGGGGAAAAAAUAGGUACUUAAAUGUACUCAUUAAUUUAGCUCUACUGUUUUGGACCAAAGCAACAAGAGCAAAUACUUCUACAACUGCUAGGAUGAAAUUGCAACUGUUAUACUUUUGGAAUGUUAUUAUCCUAAGCAUCCUGUAUAAUUUGGAUUACAUUGUAUGUUUGAAUUUUGAAAAAAAAAUUGGCCUUUUUUUUUUUAACAGAAGAAAUUAUUUCUUUGAUUAUUUGGUCCUAUCUCUUUAAAACUGUGUAAACUGGAUUUUUUUUUUUCAGGGUAAUAUGUGACCAAAGUUAAUUACCUUAUACUUACUAAAGCCUAAAUAAAGAGAAAGCAGUUUCCCAUAUUUGGUUGUGAUACCUUUGUCCUCAUUGACUUAAAAUGAGGAACAGAUCUUUUGAACAGGUACCUGAAACAAAUUUAUUUUACCCUGAUAAAAAAUGGUAUUGCUUUCUAAUUUUACUAUUCUUGCUGGUAGAGUGAAAUUAAAAUCACCUGAUUGCUGUUAGGCUUCG